UUGUUGUUAUUAAUACUAUUUGAAGUGUGUUUUCUAGUGUAUGAUUUAAAUAUUUAAGUUGACACUUUUAUCAAAAGUAUAAUCAAUAAUUUUUUAGUAUGUCAAUUUAUUUAUUUUUGAUAAGCAAUUUUGACAACAUAAUUUUUACUUUUUUAGUACGUUUUGCUAGUUCCGUCUUUUUUCUUUUUUUCUUUUUAUUAUUAUUAAAAGAAAAAUCAAUAUGAACUAAAAACGCCGUGUUACGGAAAGGUGAAGGACAAUGUCAUGCACGAGUGUCGGAUCCUCAAGACCAAAACGACAAAAUUAUUUGCGUACCCAAAUAGAAGUUGCAAAUUCACCUUGCUUGCUUUUUUUUUUUUUUUUUUUAAUCUGUUUUCUCUUAAAAUCAGGGUAAAAUUAGUUAUCCGGCCAUGGCUUCUUCAAGGAAAUGGGCAAGCGUGAUAUCUUCUAUUGCUUCUUUUAUAUAUUUUCUUGUCAUUUUCCUUCAAAUUCCUCUUUUCAGAGUCCCUUGUAGAGGUGGAAUAUGUAAAACACCAAUGGAGGUCACAUCCUCUCAGUUAAUUUCUUGUCAACUGUUCCCUGCUGUUGCAGUGAAGGCUUUACUAUACCCGGGGGCCAUUGCAAAUGCUUUUCUCAACAACAAACCAAUCCCACUCUACAAUAACUUGCCAAAAUUGUACAAGUUCACCGUCUUCAACACUGCCCCUGCAAUCUCUGAUCUACAACGCCUAGAGGUUGUUGCAGGAAGCUAUUUGUCUGUGGCAGGAGCGGUUUUUGGUCUUAUGAAACCAGGGAGAAUGAGCCUCUUCGGAAUAUUACUUGUGAUAUGGGGUCUUGCUAGGGAAAUCCUAAUGAGAAAAUCAGCCCAUGUAUUCGGUAAAGACAUAUAUAUCUACCCAGCAAUGUCCAUUGCUAUGGUUUCUGCCUUCUUGUCUGUGAAAAAGGAUGUAAGGAAGAUAGUUCGUAGCUGCAAAGGUCGGCACGUUCAUAAAGCAAAACAUUUGUAGUUUGAAUCUUCCAAGCAAUUUUGACACUACUUCUCAAAAUCUUUAUCCCACUUUGUUGCUUUUCUUUAACUGGGCAUUAGAUUGCUAUUCUUUUAGAUGUUUGUAAAGGAAAGAAUAGAAAAUUUCACAUGGAGUAGAGAAAGUGAAACCUAUUUUGGGAUUGAAGUUUGUUGUAUUCAGGGGUGGCAUUAAACUCUUAGCAUGUCAUACUCAAUUGGCUUUUCACUUUCAAGAUUAUGGUACCGUUUACUCUACUUGUUGUAGCUUUUCUUUGUAUAGGUCUACUGACGUGAAAAAAGAAAAUUACAGUAGCAUUUGCCACUUUUCCUUCUUUUUUUUUUUUUUUUUUUUUUUUUUUUUUUUUAAGUUAUUGGUGACAACAUGACAUGGUGAAAUUUUAUCUAGCCAGUGUAUAAUAUUACUUAUCAAGAAAUUGUAAUUACAACCAAUUAUAUAGUAGGAAAGAGAAAAAAGAGGAAAAAAAAAAAAAAAAAAGGAUUGGCUUAUCGGAUCUCCUACCAUAUACGAACUUAAAGAGAUUUUCCUCAUGUACAAGACCACAUUGUCAAGUCCAUAACCAUCAGUUUCAAGACUUAAAUACUUCACAGACCAAGCCAAAAAAAAAAAAUUAAAAAAAAAAAAUUUGACGCGGGGCCAAACACUUUUUCCAAUUUGCUUAAUUUUGAUUGGUUGCUUUAGCCCCACUUAAUUGUCAAACCCAGAUGGUAAGAGAUAAAAAAUCUACUGUGGAUUUCUAUGAGGAAAAAUGUUAUUUAUCACAAACUUUUCUAUCAAAUCUUCAUUGUGUAUUUGGAUUUGGAGUCAUUGCUAACUUAGGCGUCUAGUAGGAUUCGGAUAUUUUGCUUGGUUGAUUUAUUAAAUCCUUCAUCGAAAUAUGAUGAGACUUUGGAACGGUGGUUUAAUUAAUGCUUCUUUCUUAUUUCACCAACAACAAAAAAAAAAAAAAAAAAAAAAAAAAAAAAAAUCAAAAACCUAUUUCUAAUCACUUUAUUGAGCAUGGAUUUAAGGGUCAGAAAGGAUUUUUUUUUUUUUUUUUUUUUUUUUUGGGUAGAAAUGAGGGCCUGAAAGGAUUUGAUUCCAAAAGGAAGUCCCCAUCAAUGAACAUGGAUAAUUAGGGAGAACUUUUUUUUUUAUAUAUACAAUAAUUAUGGAGAAUUUGAGGACUGAAAAAUUGAGCAUGUACCUGUUUUCUUAAAAAAGAAAAUGCUUUCUCAUAGUGGUAUGCAUCUGUGGACCAUAUGUUGCUAUUGCCUACUGAGGCACGAGGUUUUUGCGGCUUAAAUUGGGAAAGAUACAACUGCAUGCACAUGGCAUGAAGUUUAGAAAAUAAAAAAGUUUGGACAAGACUAUGCUUUACAGAACCAUUUUAUGAUUUUUUUAAAAUUUUUUGAUAAUCUUGAAGCAUUUUAUUAUUGGUAGUGAUAAGGCUAACUUGUUUGAUGUCAAUUUCCCUUGCUGUGAUAUUUCUCGUUACUCCAAGCUAGCAGGAAAAUAGGCCAUUACAAGUGAUCCUUAUUUUACAAUUCUAUUUCCUUUUGUUUUUGUUUUUUGGUGGUAGAAUUACAGUUCUAUUCUAUUCCCCCCCAACUCAAAAGUAGGUUAUAUGUACUAGUCUGCGAUGAUCUCUUUACCUUAAAGCAUUGCUGCUGAUCCAAUUACGAUGAAAGUGCUUUGUUUUUUGCUUCGCCCAUUUACUUUUCCCUCAUAUUGGGUCUCUAUUUACCCCCCCCCCCCC